CUAACCCCUUUAUUUUCCUCUCACACUCACUCUCACGUGCUCACCUUCUUCCCGCCGGCGCCUCUCCCCUUUCUGUUUCAGCACCUCAGUGUCGCCGUCGCCUUUCUCCGAUUCAGUGCUGCCGUAGCCUGACUCCGCUCAGAUUGCACCAAUUUUCUACUCUCUUCUUGUUACUGGCUUACAGCCAGCCAAAAGUUUGUUGGAGGUGUCUUAUCCUCUUCAUUGAAUUGAAGUUAGCUAAUUAUGGGCAAGAGAAAGAGUUAUAAGCAGGACAAAAAGAACUCUAAGAGAAGAGUUGCCGAAGAUGAUGCUGCCUCUGAAGAUAUGGACGAUGAAAUUGAUGCCUUUCACAGGCAGAGGGAUGUCAUUCCUCUUGAUAUCAAUGGUGAUGCUACAGAGUCGGAUGAUGAUGCUGAGCAACCUGUUUUCAAUUUAGAGGGCAUUGAUGAUGAAGAUGAUGAAGAUGAUGAAGAUAUCCGUGAUACUGGUUUGGCUGCAAAAAUUGCUAGGCAACAGAAGUUCUUGCGGGAAAAGUUUGGUGGGGUGGAAGAUGAAAUGCACGAGGAUGAAGAUGAAGACAUGGAUGAACAAAAGACUAUAUGGGGUGGAAGGGAAGGCAAAUACUACGAUGCUGAUAAUCGUGAUUUUGAAAUCCAAUCAAGUGAUGAUGAGUCCCUUGCAGAAGAGGAGGAAGAGGUUAUUCGAUUGCAGAAGGAGAAAGCAAAAACUCUCUCAUUGGAAGAUUUUGGCCUUGAAGAUGAGAGUGACGAGGAAUUAACUCUAGAGGAAAUGAAUGGAAAAGGAGUUGAUGCAAAAACUUCAGCAAGAAAGGAAGCUUCAGAUGAUAUGGAUGCUACAUAUCAGGAAAUCGCUAAAGACGUGAAUGCUUUAACAAGGGAGGAGCAGAUGGAUGUCUUGAGCAGUUCCGCUCCAGAGUUAAUUGGUUUGCUGACUGAAUUGAAUGAAGCGGUGGAUCAGCUUGAGAACAAAGUCAAUCCAAUACUGAACAAGGUUCAAAAUGGGCAAAUUGCAGUGGGAGGAGGACUGCAAUAUUUGGAGCUAAAGCAGGUUCUUUUGCUCUCUUAUUGCCAAGCUAUAACCUUCUAUCUUCUCCUGAAGUCUGAGGGGCAAGCAGUACGGGAUCAUCCUGUGAUUGCUCGCCUUGUAGAGAUUAGAAGUUUAUUGGACAAGGUAAAACAACUUGAUGAGAAUCUUCCAUCGGAUUUAGAAGAUAUCAUUAACAUAUAUCAUCAGCAAGAAACAGAUGGAAAAUUGAAGAAAGAGAAUUGUUCUAUUCCAGCUGAGUUCUUUGCAAAAGAUCAGGGGUCUUCUCAUCACUCUUAUAGCCAAGAAGUGGAAUUGAAGCAGCCCAAUCCAAAAACUGGCUCAAAGAAGGCGGACAAAUUGAAGGAGAAAGGGAAGAAGGUAGGGAAGCAUAAACAAGUGGAUGAUCAAAUGAGUGCCCAGAGCAUGGAAAUGCUUAAAGUAAGAGCCCUCCUUGAAGAAAAACUAAAACAGAAGAACUUCACUCUGAUUGAACCAAAGCAAUCUGGAGCCAAAAAGCAUCUGCAACCAAUUAAUCGGAAGCUUGAAGCAUAUAACGAUUUUAAUGAUGAAACUGAUACUCAGGCUGCUAAGCGGAAGGGCCCAGAUAACUCUGCUAAGGCAGCUGAUCUCAAACGACUUGUUUCUACGAAACUGAAGCCGAAGGUCAUUUCUGGUGAUGAUGAUUUGCCUACAAGAGACGAUAUUGGAGAAAGGCGGAGGAGAUAUGAACUUCAAAUGUUGGCAAGAGCUGGAGUUGAGCCAAAGAACGGCACUAGUGUCCUUGAGAGUAACAGUGAUGACGACGACAGUGUUUUGAAAGGAAAUGGUGAAGUAGACUCUGAAGAUGAACUCUACAAGCAAGUCAAACAACAACGUGCUGCGAAACUUGCUGCCGAAGCUGAAACUUACUCCAGGACCAUGGCAACUCCAUCAUCUCCCGAAGUGGUGGGUGGAAAACGCAAGAUCAGUUAUCAAAUGGAGAAAAACCGAGGCCUAACUCGAAAACGAAAGAAGUUGAUAAAGAACCCAAGAAAGAAAUACAAGCUGAAGUUUCAAGAUGCAGCAAAACGUCGUAAAGGUCAGGUCCAGGAGGUUAAAAAGCCGAUUCAUAUGUACGGUGGAGAGACAACAGGAAUUAACCCAAGAAUCAGUAGGAGCAUUCGGUUUAAAAGUUAGAACUGUGGGAUUGUACAAGUUUUGUCUUCUUGAGAGUAGUGGGGAAUGGGGCAAGGCAUUAUUCUUCAAGGUAUUUCUUUUUCUUAGUAAUCAGUUGUCACUUAGCAUUAUUCUUUAUGAGUGUCUUGAUCUAACUACUUCAACAGAUCUGUUUUGAACUUUAGAUGGACCAAAAGGUUGGUCAAGCUGUAAAUUUUCUUAAGAAGAUGUGUGUCAGAACCAAUACCAAUUUUAUUUUCUUUUUUUGAAAAAUGUUCAAACUAAUCAAAACGCUUUGUUAAUUUUUUUA